AUGUCUUCGUACUCGUAUUCAAUCAUUCUCGAACCGCGGUUCUCACCCACACUAUACACCGAGCUACCGAAAUGGCGACGCAAAUUCCCUGCCCUCAACCUGCGAUAUGAGGACCUGGACAACGAGUUCAUCUGCAGCUCUCUGGAGAAGCUCGGGCAAACAUCAGACCUGGGAAAGCGAACGGCUAUCAUCAGCGCAAUCAAGCAACGACAACUGCUGAUUGAGAAACAUUGCAUUGAGCUUGAAUUAUGGGGCAGGUUGGAGACGAUGGGGAUGAAUGACGCAGAGAUUGAAGCGAUGGCGGAGGAGGAGCUCAAGGAGAGGCUGAAGGAGAGAAGCAAGCCGAGACCAUGGGAGGUCGAAGAACAGACGGAGGAUGAGCUGGAUGAAAGUAACAAGGACGACGAAGAGACGGUUCAAGGUAUGGUAGUUGAAGAGAGUGGCGAAGAGAGGGAUGAGGGAGAAGUGGUGAAGGAAACGAUACCGCCGAAGCCGCACGGCGAAGAGUACGAGAAACUUCUGAACGAUAUCUUAGAGCAGGCGGUAGUGUACCCCGGGUUCGACCCCGCAAGGAUAGACGAGCCCUGGCCGUACUCCUUCGUGGACGGAGAGACAGUAUGGAUAUCGACCACAGUACGUAGACGCAGUGAAGAACGUGCUGUUGUGCGGUGGCGCCCUGGCACAGUAGUUGGCUCGGCAUACGUCGGAAACCAUAGCGGAGAAGAUUCUCCAGUCACGUACCUGGUGGAAUACCAUGUAGAGGAGCCACGAAGACGGUUCAGGGUCAAGCAGUGGUUCUGUCCGCUGGAGGGGACGAUUAAGCCGGAUACUGCACACAUUCGCUUGCUGUUGAAGGCGCAGACGAAGUAUAGCUUGGUCUAG